GGCGAGCAAGCGAGGGAAACGGGCGCGUGCGGAGGACAGUGAGGAAAGGGGGGGGAGGAGAAGACGGGACGGAGCGGGCGCGAGACGACGGCAACCUUAACCCAAAAUAGAGACGUGGAAGGUGGGUGAGCAUGGAUCAGUACCACCUCAGCGAUGAGAGCUCCCUCAACUCUGAAAUGCAGCUUAAUGAGUUUCCAGGGAAUCAGGCUUUGGACUGUAGUGAUUCCUUCAGCCAGGAGCUGUGCUCAGAUAUGAGAGACAUGAUUUAUUCAGGACUGAGCAACCUGGAUGUGGAUCCUAGCCUUUCGGCUGCAAAUAUAAACAGCGACUCUUUAGAAGACAACCUGGACACCUUGUCGUUGUAUUCUGCAAAGGACAGCGAUCCUGCUAAACUCCUAGAUGACGGCGAGACAGACUCACGACCGCUUUUGCACAAUGUCGGGCUUUCCAACACUUCAGCGCCUAAAGAUGUGGAGCCAGGGGGCAGAUCUGGUUCUGGCAGUGGAAGGAAAGGGAGACACCACCAGAGUUCCCCUCAAGCCCCUUUCCUGGAUUGCAGCCUCUGCGGGAAGGUGUUCAGUAGCAGCAGCUCGCUCACCAAACAUUACGUGACUCACAGCCAGGAGAGGAAACACGUCUGUAAGAUCUGCAGCAAAGCCUUUAAGCGGCAGGACCACCUGAGCGGCCACAUGCUGACACAUCAGAAAACAAAGCCAUUCCUAUGCAUAGAGCAAGGCUGCAGUAAGAGUUAUUCCGACUACCGGUCGCUGCGCCGGCAUUACGAAAUGCACCACGGCUUCAGGUUGUUAAAGGACGACGAGGGAUGCGAGAACUCGCUGUUGCCGCCGCACGAUUCGCACGUCCAGCCCGGACCCGGCAGUUUGAGAACUGCAGAGAGGGUUGCCUUUCACCCUGAACCUCAAGCUCCUAAUAAUUCCCUUCCGCCCAACAGAGACCUGCUGAGGUGUAUCGUGAGUAGCUUAGUCAGCCAGAAACUUCCGGCGACCUCUGCAGGGCCAUCCGAAUCUAACUCCAAGGGUUCCUUGCAGUCAUUCGCCUCCGAAUGCGGCCAGAUGCCUUGCGCUCUCGCAAGCUGCGCUGCACCUGUUGAACCUGCUGGCGAUAAAGCGACAAAGGACCUUCAUCCUUGUCCAAAGAACUCUGCUCCUUCCAGCGUGUACACCAUAAUAAAUCCAGGGAACUUACCUGUGCCUAGACCUGCAGAAAAUAGUAUGAAUUUGCCGAACAGGCAGCCUCAUCCAGAGCCACAGCGUCCGUUAGAAAACAUGGCCCUGGAGUAUUGGGCAAACAGCAGUGUUCCUCGCUUUCCGUUAUUCAGAGGACAGAAGAUUCCUAUGACCUCUCAACAGCCAAGCGGCAGUGGCAGCUUCCAGUGGGUCAGAAAUGUGCCUCCCACCUGUACCAAAAGCAAAGGAAACAGCGCUUAUGUGGCUCAGGUGUCACCUGUUGCAGCUCAGGAUGCUUCGCAAGGGCUGGUGGGACCCUCCCAGGCUUCUGAAGCUUUGGCACCAACCUUCGAGCAUCCGGAUAUUUUGUCCUUCGCUCCCACGCUCUUAAAGACACAAGGAGAGAUCCCCAGGGAGUCAAAGCUCCGUGGCUUUGAGGAGGCAUUUAGGCCGGCAGCAAAGCUUCCGGAAGCCCAGAAGCCCAGCGUGCUGCAGAAGGGCGAGCCCGGACCCCUCUUCAGGCAACUCUUCAUGAAACCCCAAGAAUCCUCCGUGAAUGAGGAUCAGCUGCAGGUCCAAGGUCACUUCUUCCAGAGAAUCACCGCAUCGCAGCACAUCUUGUCCCACACCCAUCUGGUGACUCCGUCGCAGGCUGCAACCACCGAGCCCGAGCCGGAAGUGGUGGCGGUGGCAAAACCGUUUCAAGCCGCAUUUCAACAGCAGAUGGAUCCACGUCGCCCUCCCUCGGAACCCACGGGAAGCAAAAGAUCCCUCUUGUGCAUGAAGAGGUCCUUUGCCCAGUUUGAGCAGGGUUUCCCGCCCGGCAACGAGAAAGAAGGGCAGCCCCCGGGCACUCCUCCUCAGUCCUUUCCGUUGCCUUCCGUAAGCACGGAUGCCGUUUCUCACGCCAAGCAAGCCAGGACCUUGAAAGGGUGCCCGGGUUUCACAGACUUCACCAGCCCUAACCACCCGCAGUCCGUAGCUUACGAAAACACCCCAGGGAAUCAUACCUAUGGGAAGCCAAGUCAGUCGGAGAACGACUGUCCUCCGUUGAGGAAGAAAGAGAAGAACAAGCCUUGCGCCAAAGGAUCAGGCGGCAAAGGCAGUUCUCGCAGCGGUAGGCCCCACCGGAAAGAGAAGCUGAAGUUUGACGUCUCUUCCGUGGCUUCUCCCAGCCAAGUGGCCAUGGCUUCUUUCUCUUUGCCCAGCACUUCGUUCGACAGCGGCGGUGGCGCCGGAGCCAAACCGAAGAUGACCAUUUUCAACAGGAUCCAGGGCGGAAAUAUCUACAGCUUUACUAAUGCAACGAGGGAAGAACACUUCCUCCAUGGAUGCAGCAAGUCUGGGGGAGGCCUUGGAGACAGCAGCCAGCAGGAAAACAACUUCGUUUGCAGGACUUGCGGCCAGCUGUUCUAUACGGAGCGAGGCCUGAAUAGUCACAUGUGUUUCUACAGCGAGCAGUGGCAGUCUCCAUCGGGGAAGGGGAAAGAGCAGGCUCAGAAACUGCCCUUCGAGCUAGCAGGGGAAGGAGAUACUCCUGAAACCAAAAAACCUUUGGAUGACGUGGCUGCCGCAGGCCCUCUCAUCAUGCCUGUCUCAGUACCUGUCACAGCAGCCAGCCAGCAGCAAGAGAGCAAAGUUGACGAGAAGGAAAGUCGGAAGGAUAACAGUCCUCAGGAAGGCGUGCCACAAAAGAAAAGGAAGAGGCGGACUUGUCCAAAGUCACUGUUCAUUCCCCUUCCGGCCCCGGCCUGCAGUGAGAUCCAGCCCGGCACGGGAGGAUGCUACCAGAGCAACCUUCGCUCGCCCGUCUUCCUGAUGGACCACCUCCUUCAAGGCUUGGUCCAGUGCUCUCCCUACACGCCUCCCCCCAUGCUCAGCCCCAUCCGCGAAGGGUCAGGGCUUUAUUUCAACACGCUGUGCUCUUCCUCUGCAAACGCCAGUUCCUCCAAGAUGUACACCUCUGUGUUAGAUGGCAUGGACGGAGCUCUUUUGUUCUCUCUUGUGAAAGACACCACCAAGAUCAGUGUUGAACCGCAUAUCAACAUUGGAAGUCGUUUUCAGGCAGAGAUACCUGACCUGCAAGACAGGUCGUUCAUGGAUAAUUAUGAACAUCCAGCCUCAUUAGUGUGGAAGCCAUGGGGAGACAUCACAACCAACAAGGAAACACAGAAAAGAGUAGCGGAUCUAUUAAAAUUGGCCUGCUCUAGUGCGAUGCCAGGGGGAGGGACCAACCUCGAACUAGCCAUGCACUGUCUUCACGAGGCCCAAGGAAACAUUUUGAAGGCGCUGGAAAUGCUGUUGCUCCAGGGACCACAGAAGCCUCCUUGCCACCCUCUCGCUAAUUAUCAUUACUCAGGUUCACAUUUGUGGACUCCUGCUGAGAAGCAGUUGUUUAGGAAAGCCUUCGGCCUGCACAAGAAGGACUUCUACGAGAUACAGAAGAAGAUACAAACUAAGACUGUUUCCCAGUGUGUUGAAUACUACUAUAACUGGAAAAAAAUAUUAAAAUUUGACUGCAGUCGAUCGCAAGUGGUAGAAAAGAGGUCCAGGAGAGAGCAGGAUGAGGUAGAGGAAGAAAAGACCACGUGCAGCCCGAAGAAAAGACAUUGCCAGCUGCCUAAACAGGAGAGCAAGCUGAAGCCGCGGACUUACAAAAAAGCCGGGCAGAGCACCUUCAGCCCAGCCAGCAGCCUGAAGGAAACUCCCGACAGGCCCCAGAGCACGGGCGGUCAGGGUGUGUUCCCGUGCAAAGAAUGUGCAAGAGUGUUCGACAAGAUAAAAAGCCGGAACGCUCACAUGAAGCGCCAUCGCCUGCAGGAGCAGAUGGAUCCAGUUAUCAAGAUCAAGUGGCAUCUGAAGAACGAGCCCAAGAAGGAAGAAAGGAACUUGGACGUGGACUUUCUCCAGUGGUAACUGGGGAGACGCAGUUUUGGGGUAAGAACGCGGAGAAGCUGGUCUGCGGCAGGGAAACGAGCCCUCGGGGUGUUUUGUCAAGGUUUUUAUUUAUUUUUGAACUCGUAGCACCUGUGUCCCUUCACUAUGCAAGGUUGAAAACGAGCUGGGUAUGUAACGGGGCAGCCUGCAUGCAAGUUGAGACUAUUGGUAACUGGGGGAGGGGGAGAAACGCUUUGCCGGGAUCGAAGGUCGCAAAGAGACCUUCCCUCGUACCCAUUUUAGGCUUUUCAAGGACAAAAUUAGGUGGUAGGCAGGGCUGCCACCAAAACUGGCACCCCUGUGUCUUGUUCUCCCCUAACCCCCCAGUAACACUGUGCAUCGUUAAGCACACGAAGCAGUGCCAUCACGCUCUGAGCAACAGCAGAGGAUGACGCAGAGUUGUCGAGCAGUGAGACGGAAAGGGGCCGCCACGUGUCACUUGUAAAGUCUUGUUUCCCCCCUGAAAAGAUUUAACGUGAAAAGUGUUAGGGCUCUGGCACUAAUUUCAGCGUUGCUGGCUGUGGCCCUGCCCGCCUAAAAUAAAAACCGUUAUUUUGGCUUUCAGCAUGUCAUGCCUACAUUUUCGUGUAGCGAAAGGAGGUGGUGGGAGUUAAUCAAGUGUUGCAUCAAAUUUCAAUUAUGCUCAGCUGGUAAGAACUGUAAAAUAGCUCGUGCUCGGUUACAAAACAGAAAGUCCUCUUGCUGCCUCUGAAAUAUUACAAUUAAAUACCUUCCUUCCAUUUCACCCCCAUUCCCUUAAGCUGUCGUUUCCAGGGUUCUAGUGUGGUUUCUUUGUUUUGUUUAGAGGACAGAGGGAGUAGUAUGCCAAUCAAUGAGAAAUCACCAGUGUGUCUUUUUUGUGUGUGUGCAAUUUGAUGUUUGUGAAACUGCUUUUUAAAAAAGAAAAAAAGAAAAAAAAGAAAAUUCACUCUGUACGCCUGCAGUGAUCUGCGUUAUUGGUUAUUUUGUAUGCACUCACAGCGUUGCUUAUUAAAGUGGGUUCCUCAGCUGAA